AUGUUAAUAAUCUUCCAAGCGGCAAGACGACGAUCAAUCAUCAAUUCCGUCUGUGAAUCCUCGCUCUGGAAGUCCAGCCGCCUCGAUGGCAGAUUUGCGAUUCGAUCGUCAUCGAGCUCGGCCGCCGCUAGCAACAUCGAUGCCGCCACCGCUAGCAGCAGCGGCGGCGGUAAGCAGGGGUCCAAAGUCAGGAAGAAAGCGGAGAUUUUCUCGAGCGAUCUCGGAAAGAAGCCCAAGAUCCAUCUCAAGCCAAGCCUUUUGUCCAAGAAAUCUGGCCAGGAGGCCCCAGCGGCAGUGGCAAGGAAGAAGAAAUCUCCGGAAUUCUCCACGGCCGUCCAGGUGGAGCUAGAGAGCGCGGCGGCGGCUUCCAGAGCUCUCCCAGUGGAGAUCGAAGUAAAGCCAUUCUCCUCCAAAGAAGAGCCAUCGCCAUACGACUCGGAGGAUUUGCAGCAGCACCUCCGCCUGGAGCUCCCGGAGGCCGUGAUCUCGGCGGAGGCCCUGUUCCUGGCCAGGAGCGUCGACCUCAAGUCCCUGGCGGCGCUGGAGCCGCCGUCGCUGGGCGUGGUGCUGCCGUGCCGCAACCACGUCGUGAUCAAGCUCCACGACGCCGACUCCAUGGCCCGCGAGGACUACUCGCCCAUGCCCGGCUGCCUGAGCAACAACAAGGUGGCGGUGGUGUUCCAGUACGGCUCGGUGGUGCUCUUCAACUUCCACGACCUCUCGCCCGACACCAAUCCCAUCCUCGCCGCGGUGAAGCGCCACAGCCGCGAGUUCGUGGGCGAUCCCCGGAAGGACAACUACCGGGUGGUGGUGAUCCCGGGGCUGGACCGCUGGAGCCAGGGGGGCUCGGACAAGAUCAUGGUGAAGAAGCUGGACAUGGACGGCGUCCGGAUCAUCUCGCUGGUGCUGGGGCAGAGCAUCGCGCUGGAUCACUACACGCGCAGCAUCGACGAGAUGCUCAACACAUUCGGCGAGCUCAACCGGCAUAUGGAGCUCACGGGGACGUUCAACAUGCAGCGCAAGGCGCUGUUCAAGCUGGUGGCGGCGGCCAACGCGGCGCUGGCGGACGCCAUCCUCCGCCUGGGGCUGCUGGAGCGGUCGGACGCGGCGUGGCAGAGCGCGCGGUACGAUCGCAUCUGGGAGCACAUGAGGGGCGACUUCGAGCUGGACGACCGCUUCGAGAGCCUCGAGUUUAAGAUCGGGAUCAUCCAGCACAACGUCAAGUUCUUCCUGGACAUCCUCCAGAACCGCAAGUCGGACACGCUCGAGUGGAUCAUCAUCUUCCUCAUCGCCGGGGAGAUUUGUGUGGGCGUCUACGACAUUUUGAACGGGGCAGGAGCGAUCUAG